ACAUGCACACACCACCCGCACUCCCUCGCCGUUUCCAAGGCGGCGGCCGCGUUCGCACCCCAGGGUCUCACCGGCAAGGGAAGGAUAAUGGAUGACAGCAGCAUCAAAGAGCCUCUGGAGUUACUGGUGCGCCUUGAGGCACCUGCCUUUCUCUCCUGUUUCCAGCCCUUCAUUGGGAGAGCCACAAAGAAUGCUUUUCCCUCAGUGUCCCUGAGCUUCCCUUUAAGAAUAUUGUCUCCCAGAAAGCUAGCUCCUAGUCGUAGAGACAGCCUCAGCUCCAGGAGACUGGGCCAGAUAUGGAUUUCCAAGAAAUUCACUCAUUUUAGAAUCAGCAGGUCCCUUCUUACUAAUACUGGGUGCUUUGUAGUAGGUCAGCACUAACCUUUGAAAAGAACAAGAAACUGGGUGUGGUACAUGCACGCAAUCCCAGUACUCCAAAGGCUGAGGCAGGAGGAUUUUGAGUUUACUUAACCUUUUUUGACCUAUCUAGCCUCAGUAAACUCAGUUGAAAGGGCACGUGUUAAAACCGGACCUGAAUCUACAAGUCUUAAUGGUCCUGAGCCGCUCACAUCAUGGUUUGUGUCUGGUGCUGUCUUAAGGCAACUUCUUAAGAAAACCGUUGCUCGCCUAAGGAGCCUCAGCAGGGGAAAAUCAGAUUCAAGCCAUAAGGCUUUUUCUAUAGCCGGAGAACAGGGUUCCUCGGGCUUCCGAGGGAUAGAGUGGGGAACGGGACUUUAGGAGAGGUUGCGAUGGGAAAUGGUCCCCAAGUCCUGAGUGGUUGUUUUCUUCCCACUGACCAAAGCUGGAGAGGGAGCUCUCAGGAGGGUGUGCUCCGGAUUUCUUGCCUCAGGCCCAGGACUCCAACCAUUUUAUAAUGGAAUCUUUAUUUUGUGAAAGUAAGUAUGUGCAUAGCUGGGAAAGUGGGUAAAAUACUAACCUAGGCGAACUUUAGGGAUGAAUUUUAGGGUCUCUCUCUCUCUUUCUCUCUCUCUCUUCCAUGUUUAGGCCUUUGCGCAUAUACCCAUGCAUGUUCAUGUUAGCAGAUAAUAUAGACGGCUGUGAUGUUUAUCCCAGUAGGUAUGUUCUCUUUAUGUGUAUCUAUAUGUGUGAUCUGUGUCUGUGUGUUUAUCUACAUGUGUUUUGAUUUCAUUCAUUUAUAUGUACAGGAGGCUGUGGGGAGGGGGGAUUUUUGAAGGCACUCAUGUUUUCAAGUAUGUUAUUGGAUCUAAAAAAAAAUUUUAAAAAGCAUUUUUACAAAGCAUGUUAUCAACAAGUUGAAAUUGACAAGCUUAAGAUAACUGACAUUUAGCUCUUGAGAGAAGUUUGGCUGAAUUUAGAAAGCCUAAUGAGCCCCCACUGAAGCAGUGACUCCUGACUGGCCAAGCAGUAGCCAAGGACUUGGUAUUCAACAUGUUUGUGAUCCUGCCCCCACCUCAGCCACUACCAGCUUAGACAAGUAAUAUAACAUCUUUUGUGCCCCCUAAUCCAAAAAAAAAAAGGAAAUAAUUUUUCAGCACCUAUUUUAUACGGUGAUUGGUGAUUGUGAAGCUUAAAGGAGCAUACAGACUAACACCUGAUACAAGUAUCCAGUCAGUAAUUAGUAGCCAGCUGCUAUCCUUAUUGCUACUAAUAUUACCAAUAGAUUGGGGCAGUUCCAGAUCCCUCUCCUACAGAUUCCAAAGCUGCUCCUGGGAGCUCUCGGGAGAGCAGUAGGUAAAAAUGUCCCUUACCACCUCCUCAGAUCCCUGUUCUCUGUUCUACCCUGGCCCGCCCAGUAGUGGGUGAUGCUCUUCCCGUCAGGCACAGAUAAAGGUAGGGUAGGCCAGACUCGGCUGCUGAGCUCACGGAAGUGAGAGUCAGCAAGGGGCACCCGGCUGCUGUGGCACAAGGUAGGGUGCUCAACAUUCAAGCCUACCUCACACCUGGCUAUAGAACAAAUGUUUGUGAUGUUUAACUGAAGUUUUUCUUAAACAUUAGGUAGUGGACUAUAGAUGGCUUCAGCCCAAGCUUUACCUGCCAUCCGUUCUCUCCUCCAAGGUAGCGGGGACUCAUCUCUGGAGAAGGAGUUCCUUGGGGCCCCAGUGGGGCCCUCGGUGAGCACCCCAAACAGCCAACACUCUUCACCCAGCCGCUCGCUCAGUGCCAACUCCAUCAAGGUGGAGAUGUACAGCGAUGAGGAGUCGAGCAGACUGCUGGGGCCGGAUGAACGGCUCCUGGAUAAGGAUGACAGUGUGAUUGUGGAAGACUCAUUGUCAGAGCCCUUAGGCUACUGCGAUGGAAGUGGGCCAGAGCCUCACUCCCCUGGCGGCAUCCGGCUACCCAACGGCAAGCUCAAGUGCGACGUCUGCGGCAUGGUCUGCAUUGGGCCCAAUGUGCUCAUGGUACACAAGCGCAGCCACACUGGGGAGAGGCCCUUCCACUGUAAUCAGUGUGGUGCCUCCUUCACACAGAAGGGCAAUCUGCUUCGCCACAUCAAGCUGCACUCGGGGGAGAAGCCCUUCAAGUGCCCCUUCUGCAACUAUGCCUGCCGCCGGCGUGACGCACUCACUGGCCACCUCCGCACACACUCAGUCUCCUCCCCCACCGUGGGCAAACCCUACAAGUGCAACUACUGUGGCCGGAGCUACAAACAGCAAAGUACCCUGGAGGAGCACAAGGAGAGGUGCCACAACUACCUACAGAGUCUCAGCACUGAUGCCCAAGCUCUGACUGGCCAGCCAGGUGAUGAAAUCCGUGACCUGGAGAUGGUGCCUGACUCAAUGCUGCACCCAUCGACUGAACGGCCAACUUUCAUUGAUCGUUUGGCCAACAGCCUCACCAAACGCAAGCGUUCCACCCCACAGAAGUUUGUAGGUGAAAAGCAGAUGCGCUUCAGCCUCUCAGACCUUCCCUAUGAUGUGAAUGCCAGCGGUGGCUAUGAAAAGGACGUAGAGUUGGUGGCACACCAUGGCCUGGAGCCUGGCUUUGGAGGGUCUCUAGCCUUUGUGGGUACAGAGCAUCUGCGUCCCCUCCGCCUCCCACCCACCAACUGCAUCUCAGAACUCACACCUGUCAUCAGCUCUGUGUACACCCAAAUGCAGCCCAUCCCCAGCCGACUGGAGCUUCCAGGGUCCCGAGAAGCAGGUGAGGGACCGGAGGACCUGGGAGAUGGAGGUCCCCUCCUUUAUCGGGCCCGAGGCUCUCUGACUGACCCUGGGGCAUCCCCCAGCAAUGGCUGCCAGGACUCCACAGAUACAGAGAGCAACCACGAAGACCGGAUUGGUGGGGUGGUAUCCCUUCCUCAGGGUCCCCCACCCCAACCUCCUCCCACCAUAGUGGUGGGCCGGCACAGUCCCGCCUAUGCCAAAGAGGACCCCAAACCACAGGAGGGGUUACUGCGGGGCACCCCAGGCCCCUCCAAGGAAGUGCUUCGGGUGGUGGGUGAGAGUGGUGAGCCAGUGAAGGCCUUUAAGUGUGAACACUGCCGCAUCCUCUUUCUGGACCACGUCAUGUUCACCAUCCACAUGGGCUGCCACGGCUUCAGAGACCCUUUUGAGUGUAACAUCUGUGGUUAUCACAGCCAGGAUCGGUAUGAGUUCUCUUCCCACAUCGUCCGGGGGGAACAUAAGGUGGGCUAGAGACCUCUUUCCCCACAGCCUGCUCUCAGCCCGGCCCCCACCCUACUGCCCUACCUACAGGGGUCUAGCCCAAUUCCUGUUACACCCUAAGGAGUUUUGCGUUGUAGCCCCACCCACUGGCCGCCUCACUUCACACUUGACUCCAACCGUCUUUGCCUGUUCCCUUCUACCCUGACCGAUUUGAGCAUUUCGACAAGACAAGUCUCUUGCUUAUAUUUCUCCUUCUAACCUCUCUCCCCGGCACAUUUGCUUUUUAAAUUGACUUUAACUUGGCCUUUUCUUAGUUUACUGCAAUCUCUGGCCACUCCUUCAUUCUUCUGCCCAUGGCUCCCUUCUGCUCUAAGCCUAGAUUUUUUUUUAUUUUAUUAUUAUUAUUAUUAUUAUUACUUGUGUGUGUGUGUGGAUCCCACAUCCUCCAACAGCUCCAGGGGUUGGAAGCUCCUCUCUGUGCUAAGAGACGUUGGGCUUCUUGCUUUAAUCCUCACCCUUAUUUAUCUGACCCUUCACUUUUGAUGCUGAUACCUCCCAACGGCCCCACCUUAGCUCUGUGGCAUUAUUAUCUCCUCUCUGGGACCUUUCAGCCCGGCACUCCAUACCUCUCGUGCCCACUCACUUUAGGCAGCUUGCACUAUUCUUAAAUGAAUGAAGAAUUUCCUCAUUUGCAGGUAGGAGGGGCUGUAGAAACUCUCCCCAGGCACUGUGGACUGAGGGUCCUCUUGACCUCACCUGGGAAUCCGAGCUCCCUAAAGACUACAUUCAGGACCUCCCUCUAGGAUGUGAUACCACCCUUCCCUCUCCCUGGCUCACCCCUCAACACCACUCUGGUCUCAACUCGCCACUCUUGUCAGUUGGUGGCUUUUCUCUCCUUGGAAUGCCCCCAUUUUAUAUUCUCAGGGGCUAAGGCUAGACCUGCUACCCUUUCUCUGACACACAGAGAGAGCUGCAGGUACCUAGCUGAGAACCAGGGCAUGGGAAGGGGGAUGGGUAGAACUCUCUCCUCCACCUUUCAAACACUUACACUCCAGUGACCUUCCUAGGCUCUCAGGGACUCCUUCUGUCCCCAUAUUAUGAGAAACCAGCGGGUUGCUGCUCGAUGACCAGGGGUCUCUCAACCCUGUCAGUCACGCUGCCUUUUUCCUCCCUUCCAGCAGGACUCGCCGUCUCGUCCCCAGGCUCCUGGGCCCUGUUAUGAUCAAUGGCAGGGAGAAAGGGGAUGUCUCUUUUCUCUCUGCCAAUUUUCAGUAUAACCAAAAAAACUGUCCCAGGAUGAACUACACGUAUGUGCCCGUCAACCAUUCCACCCUUGUCCCAGCAAGAAUGGGACGGACACAGCUGGGAGUCACCUCCACUGCCCUUUCCAUACUUAGCUCCAGACACAGGGCAGGAGAGGCAGUCUUCUCUGGUGGUUGCAGACACUCUGGCUAUUCGGAUAAUCGAGGAUUCGUGAGACCAUGCAGGAGGAGGCAUAGCUCCAUUGCAGGUGGAAGUCUCUCUCUCUAAAGAGUUCCCUGCCAGGGCCACAACCAUCCCACUCUCUGCUUCUUUGAGAUUCAAACCAAAGGAUGUUUUUUCUAUAUUUAAAGAAAAGGAAAAAAAAAGAAAAGAAAAAAAAAAAAAACCAAACACAACACCUCAUAAGUUAUAGUCUUGGUCUUCACCCUCCCUUUCUCUUCCCUUCCGUCCAUCUUCCUUCCCACGUGCCCUUUCUUUAUCUCUUCUGCCUCUCCCUACUUUCCUCACUCCCUGUUAGGGACGUUGAGAGGCACGAGAAAGGGUGGGCUAGAUCAGAUCCUGGGACUGGGGCUCUUAAGCAUUCCGAAGAGAGUCGACUUUCUCCUAUCGGGAGAAGGGUAGUGGGGUGAAAACCACUCUUUUCUCUUCUUCCUUCGGCCCUGGCACUGCUUCCCAAAAGGACCAGAUUGGCAGAGAGCAGCUCUGUGGGGCUGUUCUUCCCUGACAAUGUAGCAAUAAGCAGGUGCUGCCAAAGGCAAGAGAAUGAGGUCUGAGCUCUGAAAGGAGUGGUCCCGAGACAAGGGAAGGGUCGCCACAACAGAGCCUUGGCACUAAUUCCUUCUUGGGCUGGCACACAGCUGAGGUUACUGUCUGGGCUUCUCCUCAACCAUUCUGGUUGUGAGCUCCCAUUAGACCCGCUCCCACCUCUUCUGUGUCUGCCCUGUAUUCGAGGACACCUCAGAAGGACUUAGUCCCUCUGAGGCGCUAGAGCCUUAGAGUGCCCCACCCCUCCCUUUGUUUAGUCAGUCUUAGCACCUGUGACCUCCCAGGAACACAAAGGACUAUGCUCCUCCGAGGCUAUGCUAACGCCCAUGAGAGCAGAGGUGGAAGGGACAAGACCAGGUGCUAGGGAGGAGGGGGCAUGGCGUCUCUCUCCAGCCCACCACUGCACUUUAACCAGGGUCUUAGGUACAAAAUGCUACUUUUCAGGGCCUUCCAGCUCUGGAACCUCAAACAUCCUCAUGCUCUCUCCCAGAUCCUUUUGCAUAAAAAAAAACAAAACAAAAAAACCAACAACAAAAAAAGUAAAGAAAAAGAAGAAAACAACAACAAAAAACAAAAUGCCAAAAUCCACACAGAGAAAAGAGGUGUUCUCUCUCUCUCUUUUUUUUAUUACUCUUAAAAAAACAACACCACAAAAAAGUGGAGGGAAGGGAGAGAAUUUCUAAAUAGACACUUUUCCAGACCUUUGUGUGUGUGUGUGUGUGUGUGUGUGUGUGUGUGUGUAUGUGUGUGUGUGUGUGUGUGUGUGUGUGUGUGUGUGUGUGUCAGUGUCCAAGCUGCAAGUGGAAUUUUAUAAUACUUCUGGCAGCUUCUUUCCUUGUGUAUAUAAUAUAUAUAUAUUUUUAAUCAGAAAUUAUGAAGAUCAAAAAUAGAAUAAACACAGAAGCAAGUGCAAUACCACCUCUCCUUCUCCCCAGAGUUCCUCUGUAGCCUGUUCGGUGUCCCCUUUGGCCCUUGACCCUUGACCUUGUCUCUCUUCCUCUGGUUCCUGACCUAUUCUCCCCUUCCCUCUUUUUAAAGAGUUUUUCUCUUUUCUCAAAGGGGGUUAAACCAGCUUUUGAGACUUACUGCAAAGCAUUUUGUAUAUGUAACAUACUGUAAGUAAAUAUUUGUGUAAUGGAGAAAUACUACUGUAAGUUUUGUACUGUACUGGCUGAAGGUCUGUUAUAAAUAAACACGAGUAAUUUAA